AACUAGAUCAACACCCUACAUUAAGACGUUGUAAAUUUAAUAGCCUUAGCUGUUUGUUCCUUUUUACUAACAUUUUCGUCAUCUUCCAAAUGCUUCAGAUUCUUAUCACUCUCCAAUCAAUUUAACUCUCAAAUCAAUUUUUUAUCAUUUUAUUUUUUUUAUUUUUCGAAUAUUUACUUUUUUUUAUUUUUUUAUUUUUCGAAUAUUUUUGAAUAUUUUUGAAUAUUUUAUUUUUUUAUUUUAUUUAUUGAAUGUGUUGAUAAUUUGAUAAUUUUUCUUGUCAAAUUUCCCGUUUGAAUCUGUGAAGUGAAAGAUUGUCUACAUCUUAGGUCAGAAUGGGCAGAUCUAGAAGGAGAAGAGAGAGGAGGAAAUUCACCUUUCCAACCCCCAAACCCGUACAAAAACUAAUCACAUACAUCUUCAUGAUACUUCUCACAGGAUGUACGUAUUGGGGUUGGAGUGGUAUUCAGGAGAUCCUGUAUAAGGCCGGUUCCUACGAGCACCUGUGUGAAAAUGUGUUGGAAAAGAGUGUAAUGAUCAUCGGUGGCAAGGAGUACACUGAUUGCGGACCCAGGAAGAGUGGGAUUAAUAACCUCUUCACCAUCGCCUUCUCUUCGCACUUUAUUUCCUCGGUCUUCAUUGGCGCUAUUUUGGACAAUUUGGGCUCCAAGUAUGUGUACAUCAUCGGCCAGGCGCUCAACUUCAUCGCCUGGGUCUUCAUCGGAGCACUGCCCAAAGUACACUGCGUACUCGUCACCGCGUUCUUCAUCAUCGGAAUAACCGCAGAGGCCAUCUACAUGCCACUUCUCUCAUUAUCGUAUAGCUUCGAGAGUAAGAGAUCGGCGGUGAUUGGUUUGAUGGGUUGUGCGAGGACUGUGUCGUACCUUGUUCCUUCGCUAAUGUCUAUGAUUUACCAGAUAGACUUCUUCAAGCCUCAGUACCUCUACAUCAUAUGCACGGUUUACGCGAUCGUUGGGAACCUGGGCUGCUUGAUGGUAGGGUUCCUGAUGGUUGACGGGACCUACGACAAUCCCCUGGAAGAGCCUGACGAGGAGGAGGAGAUCCUCGAGAUCAAGAUCGACUCGAGUAAGAACCUGCCGCUCAUUGACAAGGCGAAGAAGUUCUUCGAAAAGGCACUGACACGCGCCCAGCUUAAAGAGUACGGCUGUCUGGCCUUUUCCAACUCCAUCUUCCUAACCGCAAUUGGCUUUGUGAACAAGGCGAACAGGGAAAUGCUCAUAACCUCAAACAAGAAAACAGCCGUCGAAAUCUUCAAGUACCUAAACGUACUCAGCUUCAUACCCGGACCCAUACUAGGAAAACUCGCCGACACCUAUGGAGCCGACAAAAUCCUAUGGACCAUACAAUGCUUCGGAUUGGGGUAUUAUGUGUUUACGGGUAUGGACUUUUUCAUAUCGAAGAUAUGUGCUUGUGUUUGUUAUUUCGUGUCAUCUUCGUUGUGUGUGUCGAUAAAUUAUUAUUAUAUAAACCAGCGGUUCCCGAGAAAGUACUUUGGGGUUCUGGUGGGUUUUAUAUUCUUCAUUGCGGGCCUGACGAACCUGUUCAACAUUCCGCUGUACAACUUGGGCUCGAAGACCUGGGAACACAUCCCGCCGUACAACUUCAUGAGAGUCUCGUACAUCCUCCUGGGAUGCAUGGUCGCGGGUCUCAUGGGUGCCGGAUACCUCCUAAUUGUUAAUAAGAAAACCGCCAGCUGCACCAGACUGAAGUCAAAAAGCAAGUUUAACCAGGUAAAAGAGGAGCCUGACAAGUUCCUAGCGCCAAGCGAAGACGUCUUGGAUAACGUAAUGAUGACAAGUCAGGAGAAGCUGGAAAACUUAAUCUCAGGCUACGAGGACCCUUCCACAAGUCUUGGGGACGUUGAACUGGGCGCUGACAGGCCCUUUCAGGGCUUCGUGGCGCCGGAUCUCAUUCCGGAGACGAUCGGUUUUGGUUACAUGGACAGUUUUGACAAGGAAGAGAUAAUUUAGAAAAAAUAUAAAUUUCUCUAUUCCAA